CCUCGGGGGUGGCUGGACAGAAGAAGCCAUGGAGCUUGGGGAGUGACAGGGCCUAGACAGAGCUUAUACCUCUUCUGGUUCAGAAAUGUUGCUGCUGCUGUUGCUGCUGCUGCUGUCCUUGGAGGGGUCCCAAUCCCAGUUACCAGGAUAUGGAGUGCAGGUGUUACAGUCAGCGACGGUUCAGGAAGGGCUCUGCAUCUACCUUCCCUGCACCUUCUUCUACCCUCCUCCCUGGUCUAGGUUUUCCACCAUUAAUGGCUACUGGUUCAGAAAAGGCCCUACACCUUCUGAAAAUGUCCUUGUGGCCACAAAUGAUGGGGAGAGAGAGGUGGAAAAGGAGGCUGCAGGAAGAUUCCACCUUGUAGGCGACCCUGGGAAGAAAAACUGCUCCCUGAGUAUCACAGAUGUCCAGACAAAGGACAGUGGGCAAUAUUUUUUCCGAAUGGAGAGAUUAUUUGGAGAUAAAUUCAGUUACCUACAUUAUCAGGUCACUUUGAAUGUGACAGCUCUGACACAAAAGCCAGACAUGUACAUUCCAGGGAUCCUGGAGCCUGGGCACUCUGUGACACUGAUUUGUGCAGCCUCCUGGGUUUGUGGGGAGGGAACACCCCCCACCUUCUCCUGGACUGGGGCUACUUUCUCCAACCUGGUACCUAGCCGAAGGACUUCCUAUUUCUCUGAGCUGACCCUCACCCUGAGACCUGAGGACCAUGGCACCAACCUCACCUGUCGGAUGACCUUUCCUGGGGCUGGAGUGAGCACGGAGACAACCGUCCCACUCAAUGUGGCCUAUCCUUUAAGAAACUUUGGAAUCAGUGUUCAUUGGGAAAACAGAAGAGGUUUGGAAUCCUCAACAAACCUUUCUGUCUUGAAGGAUGAGUCCUUGCGAUUGUUCUGCCAAGCUGACAGCAACCCCCCUGCCAUGCUGAGCUGGACCCAUGGGGGCCGGGUGGUGCUUUCCUCUUGGCACUCACAUUCUAGGAUCCUGGUCCUGCAGCUGCCCCGGCUGAGGAUAGAGGAUGGAGGGGAGUACAGCUGCCAGGCUCAGUACCGGAUGGAGACCCAGAAUACCUCCUUGAACCUUUCUGUGCUAUAUGCCCCAGAGAACGUGAGGAUCAGCGCUUUGAGGCCAAACAGAACAGUUGCUAUCCUGGGAAAUGCCUCAUCUCUGGUGGUCCUGGUGGGAGAGUCCUUGCAGCUGGAGUGUGCUGCUGAUAGCAGUCCCCCUGCCACCAUGAACUGGGUCAAGGGGAGUCAACCCCAGAACUCCUCCCUUCUCUCCAGUCCCAGUGUCCUGUGCCUGGAACUGUCCCACAUCCAACCAGAGGAUGGAGGGGAGUACAUCUGCCAAGCUCAGAACCCAUGGGGGAGCCAGCACACCUCCCUGAACCUUUGUGUGCAGCAUAGAACAAGUGCAGCUGUCCUUACAUUCUCCAAAGGAGCCCUUUUGGGAGCCGGGAUCAUGGCCCUUCUCAUUCUCUGCCUCCAGCUCUCCUAUAAGAAGUUUCUGAGAGCGAAGCAGACAGAGACAGAGGAGCUAGGGACUACAGACUCCCAGAACAACAUCGAGGUGGAUUAUGUUAAUCUCGAUAUGAAUCAGGAUAGAGGCCCCAGACCACUUCCACCUGAGCCAGUCACCCAAGCCCCAACAGAAGAGCUGCAUUAUGCAUCGCUUAACUUCAGAAGACCCAACCCAAAGAGCCAAGAGGCAAACACUGAGUACUCAGAAAUCAAGUUCUAAUCUGGAGCAAAUAGGGUGGAAGGAGAAA